AUGCCCUACCUCAGUUUACCUUCACAACGACACAAGGCCAGCAUCAGUAUCCACCGCACUUUUACGACGAGGGACAGCAAUGGGCUGGGUCACCCUGCAUGCCAGGAGCACGGCCUUGGGGGCAUUAGAGUCCUCAGGGUUUGCAAGUACCUCCAGCCAGUUAUCCUCUGUAUCGUCUCUUCAACCUUCAUAUCUACCGUUGAUAUUUCCUCUUCUCUGACCAUGUCAGAAAAUUUCCAAAAUCCAUCCCUACUUGGGACUGCAAAUUCCCUGCAGCUCUCUAUUCCCACGCUAGGCACUGUGGCUUCCCUACCAGGAAGCAUCUGCGACUUCUCCAGAGUGUCUGCCCCAACUGUCAGUUCGGCUUGGCUACUGCCAUCAGCCACUGCCAGCUCUUUCCAGCCACUCAUGGGGAGUGCCUACCUUUGCCAACAUUCUAACACAACUCUGCUGUCUGGAGUUCCUGGCCAGAGCCAGAGCUCCACUUCUGCUGCCUCCUACUCAGGUAUUUCUGAAUGGAAUAUCACAGGACGCACUGCAAAGAAGUCCUCGUCGCUCGAGGACUUCACUGUAACUGUCAUUGACCAGGACACUGGUGUUUCUUCCAUGGCUAUGACAGCCCAAUAUAACAAAACUUCAGGUGCCAAUACCAUGGUCCCUCUGUAUCCAUCACUGAAUCAGGGCACAGCAACUCAGAUUCCAAAUCAGGGAAACUGCCUGUCCCUUCCAUAUGGAGAAGGAAGCCAGGUCUACUACUAUAAUCAAGGCACAGCAGGGCAUGUGCUCUCUGGAGAACUUGGCCCCUGUCUGCAAUCCUACGGCCCUGUGACAUACAUGGGAAGUGUGGCGUCUGCCCCUCAACCAGAAAUGGUGAUGGUGCUCAAAAGGAUUCAGCCCACAGAUGCCCCACCACCAGCCUCGACCUCUGGAAUCUACUACAAUGUGCCUGCUCAACCCAUCACAGGAACAAGUUUCCAAGUGAUGGAAAAUUUCCCGGGGAUGGAGACUUCUCCCCUGGGAUUGCAACCUCUAAGCCAGACAUUCUGUCUGCCACAAACGGCAGAAUUCCCCAAGUCCUGCAGGAGCAGAAAUAUCCAGAUACUUGACAGUGACUCACCAUCUGAGACAGGGGACAUUUCAAAGAUAGUUCCACUGCAGAGUUCUACUAAUCUCUUGGUACUACCUCGAGAUCAAAGCCAGGAGAAAACAGACAAUAUCAAUCUGGGUGACAUCAAAACCAAGCUUUCCAAGCCCCUGGAUGCCUUCCAGGACCCAGCAGAAAACCAAGAUCUUCCAGUGCUCCCUUUGGAAGUCCCUGACAGAGAUCAUCUGCUGGCUUGUGUUGAUAACCCUGUUUGCCCACAGAAGCAGCCUGAUCCUACAAAUGCCAUUCUGGGAAAUAAUCUCAGCCUUGACGAUCAAGGGUUACUGGAAGAUGGGAGUGAGGCUAGCAAUGGCUUUGCAGACAUUACCACACUGGUGGAGGAGAUCUGCCUUCCCCAGAUCUUCAGUUCCUUGGAAGAUCUUGACCAACCCAAUGGUCCCAAGGCAAGCAAUGCCACAGAUACUGGAGACAUCCAAGGGACUCAGAUGCAGGACCCUUCAAGAGACACAAAGGGUCUCUCCGAUGGAGUCAGGAAGAAAAAGCGUAAAGCUGCUGAACCGAUCAAUGGUAACAGCAAGACCAAAAUCCAGCCAAAGGUCCCAGAGAUCCUGUUAGAGGGAGAAGUGUUCGCAGGCGGUGCUGCAGCCUGUGACAGGGAUCCUGUGAAUAUGCCCAACAAACCAAACAUCAAACCUCAGAAAGCUGCAUCUCAAAGGUCCAGGAAAACCAAGUGCGAUGGGCAAGCAAAGGCCAGAAGAACCAGAGAAAACAACUCUACGAAAGCUCAAGAGAGCAAGCAGUCAGGGAGCAAAGCCAAGGCCGAAAAUAAACCAUCCGUCCCCAAGACUAAGAGGAAGAGAAAUCCGCCUGAGCUUACCCAAGAGAGCUUCAAAAAACCUAGAAGCUGCCUAGGCAUGCACAUGCUAGAGUCUGUGCAGGUUUUCCAUGCGCUGGGGAAGAAGAACGAUAAGAAAACUGGCCUCUCGUCCUACCGGAACCUGGGAAAUUCAAGCAACAUCAAAGACCGCUGUGCAUCCUCAGCUCUCACACCAUUGCUGAAAACCCCACAGCAGGGUACAGGUCCUGAAAAAGCACAAGUCAGUGCCCAGAAACUGGAUGGUGAAGCUGACAAAGGGUGCGCAUCUCCAUCCGUGUAUGACCUGCCACCACCUGGAAAGGUGAAGUUGAUACCUCUGCCGUUCCCCAAUGUCAGUAAGCCUCAACCUCGACCUGUUCCUCGGAGGCCACAGUCUCUUGCCUCACACAGGCCCACUCUGGGGAACCCUGCCCGGCCUGCUUCUACUAAUCAGGCUCAACCUACUACAGUCAAGCCACCCCAACCAGCUCCUGCCAACACAGCUUCCAUGGAUCCUGCCAGACCAGCUCGGCCAAUUUCAACUCGACCCGGUUGGAUGCACCCUACCCGGCCUAGUAUCCCUCCAUCUGCUGACUCUAGGCCUGCACCUAACAAAACAUCAUCUUACACUGCUGCUGUGGCCGAGCUCCAGUCACCACCCAACCCUCAAAACCCAUUUCUAAUCCAAGAUUUCAGCCGCCAACCAAUUCCAUGGAGGAAACCUGAUAUUCUUGGGCCUGUAGUGUCAAAUCCCAUCACAGAAGAACAGAGGCCAGAGCGAGAGGCUAUGAAGAGGCGGGCUCAACAGCAGCGUGAGAAUGCUGCUAAAUACACCUCUAUGGGGAAACUGCAGUUUUUCAUCGAGAGGGAAAAGGAGAUGGCUAUCUCUCGAUACUACGGCUAUGCAAUGUAA